AUGGAAGCUGUAGAUUUGGGGAGUGUUCCCAUGGAUGAGGUCUUUAAGACACUUCUUUGCGAUACAAAAGGAUUAUCCAAGGAAGCUGCUGAACAACGCAUCGCCAUUUUUGGACCUAACAAGCUUGUGGUGAAACAGGGAAAGCCUCCAGAGUGGCAAGACUUUGUUGGGAUCAUUCUCCUGCUUCUCAUCAAUUCAACAAUCGGUUUCUUUGAAGAGACCAAAGCUGAAAACGCUACCGCUGCUCUAAUGGUGCAUUUGGCUCCCAAAACUAAGUCAGCUUUAACAGGAGAGUCUCUACUAGUAACCAAACGUUAUGGUGAUUACGUCUACUCUGGUACUACCUGCAAGCAAGGAGAGGUCGAAGCUUUGGUUGUUGCCACUGGUGUUCACACUUCCUUUGGCAAUGCUGCUUCCAAAAGCUGCUCGACGAAUCAAGAAGUUGGUCGCAUUCAGAAGGUUUUCGUAGAGAAUGUGCAGCCAGAUGUUGUUGUCCUACUUGCUGCUCGAGCGUCCCAAGUUGAAAACCAAGAUGCAAUUGAUGCAGCCAUAAUUGGGAUGUUAGAAGAUCCUGAAGAAGCACGAGCUGGGAUUGAAGUAGUUGAUUUCCUUAAUCCAACGGAUAAGCGAACAGAAAUAACGUAUAUCCAGGGCAAUGAGGGUAAGAUGUAUAGAGUCAGCAAAGGUGCUCCAGAGCAGAUUCUGAAUCUUGUGGACAAUAAACCCGAGAUCGAAGACAGAGUCCAUCUCGCGAUUGAUAACUUUGCAGAACGUGGCUUCAGGUCACUUGCAGUAGCAUACCAGGAAGUGCCCGAGGGAACGGAAGAGAGUCCCGGAGAUCCUUGGCGAUUCGUUGCCCUCAUGCCUUUGUUUGACCUUCCUAGACAUGACAGUGCUGAUACAAUAAAAAGUGCACUGGACUUGGGUGUAAACGUGAAGAUGAUCACAGGUGAUCAACUGGCUAUAGCAAAGGGAACAGGACGCCAUCUUGGGAUGGGCACAAACAUGUACCCUGCAUCAGAGUUGUUAGAUGAUUCAAUCUCUGCUUUGUCCGUUGAAGAGUUUAUCGAGAAUGCUGAUGGUUUUGCUGGUGCUUUCCCAGAGCAUAAAUACCAGAUUGUGAAACGGUUGCAAGAUCGGAGACACAUAUGUGGGAUGAUUGGUGAUGGAGUAGACGAUGCUCCAGCUCUCAAGAAAGCAGAUAUAGGCAUAGCUGUUGCUGAGUCGACUGAGGCAGCACGUGGAGCUUCUGAUAUUGUUCUUACAGAACCUGGUCUCAGUGUUAUCAUUAGCGCUAUCCGCACGAGUAGAUCUAUUUUCCAGAGGAUGAAGAACUACACAAUAUACGCUGUCUCCAUCACCGUUCGGAUAGUGAUACUUACCUGUUCAUCUUUCGUUUGUAAUGAAGUCAUCAUUCAUAGUUCUGACUCUCAACAAAAUCUUUCUUCUCCAUUAAUUCUCCUGCAACAGCUUGCUUUCUCGCUUCUUGCACUCAUCUGGCACUUCGACUUCCCACCAUUCAUGAUCUUGAUCAUAGCGAUCCUCAAUGAUGGUACCGUCAUGACAAUCUCAAAGGACCGAGUGAAACUAUCUCCUCAUCCAGAUCACUGGAAACUGGCAGAGAUCUUCACAACCGGGAUUAUUCUCGGUGGAUACUUGGCUAUGGUUACCGUCCUUUUCUUCUGGACAGCCUACGACACCAGCUUCUUCCCUAGAAUAUUCAAAGUGCCAAGUCUUUACAAAAACGAUGUAAAAGAUUUCAGGAUGCUUGCCUCUGCAGUGUACCUGCAAGUCAGCACGAUCAGCCAAGCACUGAUCUUCGUAACAAGAUCUCGUGGUUGGUCUUGCGCUGAGCGUCCCGGGGUACUCCUCAUGGCAGCUUUCGUUGUUACUCAGACGAUUGCAACGUUGAUCGCUGUAUAUGCGAACUGGGGUUUUGCUUACAUUGAAGGAAUCGGAUGGCGCUGGGCUGGUUUGAUUUGGGCGUUCAACUUCAUCUUCUACAUUCCACUUGAUCCCUUGAAGUUCCUCGUUCGUUAUACUUUGAGUGGAGGGACAAAGAAUAUCGACAGAGAAGAUAGUGAACUUAGAUGGUCACAUGCCCUAAGGAUCAUUCAUGGCCUUGACCCACCUGAAACCGUUUCACAGAGCAUACCAAAACUAACUAUACAAAAUUCAUAUAAACGGUUGUAG